AAGUGGGGGCACCCGGAAGUUGCCGCCCGGCAGAGCUAGUCGGGGCGAUCGACGUCGCCUGAAGAUCCCGUCCGUCCGCCUGUACGAGCGCCGCCGCUUCCGGACCGGCCAUGGACGAUACCCUGUUCCAGUUGAAGUUCACAGCGAAGCAGCUGGAGAAACUGGCCAAGAAAGCUGAGAAGGACUCAAAGGCAGAGCAGGCCAAGGUGAAGAAGGCCCUUCAGCAGAAGAAUGUGGAGUGUGCCCGCGUGUACGCUGAGAACGCCAUCCGCAAGAAAAACGAAGGCGUGAGCUGGUUGCGCAUGGCGUCCCGUGUGGAUGCGGUGGCCUCCAAGGUGCAGACGGCCAUGACCAUGAAGGGGGUCACCAAGAACAUGGCGCAGGUGACCAAGGCACUGGACAGGGCGCUGGGCAGCAUGGACCUGCAGAAGGUGUCUGCGGUGGUGGACAGGUUUGAGCAGCAGACGCAGAGCCUGGAUGUGCACACGUCGGUGAUGGAGGACUCCAUGAGCUCGGCCACUACGCUGAGCACGCCGCAGGAGCAGGUAGACAGUCUCAUCAUGCAGAUCGCGGAGGAGAAUGGCCUGGAGGUCCUGGACCAGCUGAGCCAGCUGCCCGAGGGCGCCUCCGCCCUGGGCGAGAGCUCCGUGCACAGCCAGGAGGACCAGCUGUCCCGCAGGCUGGCCGCCCUGAGGAACUAGUGGCUACCACAGUGUGCGCGGAGCGCUGUGAGGGAAGGCCCGACCCCGCUGCGUCUUGCCUUUCUGCUGACUCUGCAGCGGCAGCCGUCAUCCUCACCUGCCAGCCUGGGAACCGUCCUCUUCUCUUCGGCUGGGUGGUGGGGCUCUUGUUUUGGUGGGUGAGUUUGCACAGACUUCUGACUUUUGCGAGUAAUUUCUGUAACUGGGCCAACCAGCUGGAGGACCUGCAGCUCCCUUCUGUCCCUCACCCUCUGAGGAGUUGACAGGAACUGGCCAGUGUGAUGACAUCGUGUGCUGGCAGAUGUGCUGCUGGCAGUCAGCUGGAGGGGAUGGGGCCUCUGGUGCCAGACAACACCUGGGAACCCUCCAGCACUGGGCAAGGGUCUCCACACCCUGUGGACAGAAGCAGCCUCAGGCAGCGCCCCAGGAGAUAUGGAGGACAUCCUCCAGGACCACCCAGCAAAUACUACCCCUGUGGGCUUUGUGGAACGUCUCGGGGGUGGGGUCGUGGUCCCUCCAACCUAGACCUGCACUCCUGCCAGCUGGCUCAGCCCGUGGGGGUGCCCACCCUGGGGGUCCUUGUCCUCUCUCCACUGUCACCUCUGGAGGGUCCCUGGGUGUGUGCUGUGUGACUCUUGGAACUCAGUCUGUGCUAAGGCCCCAUCCCAGCCGCAGAGCAGGCAGCCUCACGGUCCUCGGGGGUUCCCUGUGUCACUGUCUCCUGGCACGGUAAUUAUGGGGUGCCUCCCCCGGCUGGCCUCUCCUGCCUUGCGUGACCUUGGAAGCCUGAUUGGCUGACGGGAGCUCAGGAGAGCUGCCCGCGAUGUGGCCAGCAGCGGCCAUGCAUCCAGGAGAGAGCAGCAGUAUGUCCUGAAGACCUGGGAUGGCUGAGGCACAGGCUGUACUUUCUGUUUUCCAAUUCCUGACAUUUACUUUGUUUUCUUGAAGCUGUUUUUGUUUUGAGGGUUUGGGGUUAAAAGUUUUAUUUUGCCAAAAUAGGAACAGGCAGCAGGUGGGGAGUGUUGGGUCUGAGCCCCCUCCUGGCAUGAGCUGGUGGGAGCUGCGUGGUUGUGCUGACCAGGGCCAGCUCUGGACUGCUGACUGCCUGGACCGGCCCUUCCCCGGCACUGGCUGUUCCGUCUGUCCUUACACCGACGGCACUUGGAACAGAGCGCUGGACACCUUACCUGGACUUUUGUGUUUGGUUCUUCCUGGGCUUGGGAGCCCGUGGGUGUUCUGUGCAAUAAUUGUGGGGGGCGGCAGCCUAGGCGGGAGUGGGGCUGGGGCGCUGUCUGGCCUUACUCCCUGGCCUGGACCCUCGGGACGCCCACGUGCUGGGGGUUGGUGUCCUGGUCCCCGGUGUGGGGGCCAGGCUGCUGUUCAUCAAAGGCACUGGGUGUGUUUGCCCUUUUCCUAAAAUGCUGUUGUAAGUAAACAGAUUGAUCCCUGAGAAAUUUCUCCAGGUUUGCUUUGGUGGCCUUGGGGUUGGGGGAGUCACAGGUGGGACCCUCUGACCAUCCAGCUCCCCACUCAGGAGCCUGGGGGACCCUGGAGGAGGACAGGCGGGGUGGUGCAAGGCCCCACCCAGACAAAUGGAGUC